CAAUCGACUGGAGUACCUACUUCCGGACGGAAAUACGUUGACUAAGAUUAAACUUCAAUGCUGUUUUGAAUGUGUAGCAUUUUCUGUGUUCUGUAAUGGUUGUUUACAAAAGAAAAAUACGGAUUUAGAUGGGGAGAAGCGGAUGUUUUGACCAAACCCGAGAAGAUUGUGCAUUCAACCACUGUCUGUCAAAGUUCCGAGAUGCAAAUGGGAACCCGUCAACUAUUAAAAGAACAACUGCAAUUCCCUUCAUCACUACAGAUCCAAAUCCGCCACCAAGAGAUGGUCUUGGUGAGUCACUUGGACUUUUAGGAGGGAAACUAGCAGUUUAUGUCGGCGCCGGGACUGGGGGAUUUGUUGUGUUAUGUAUUGUCAUUAUUUUAGUACUAUGCCGAUCAAGAAAUGCCGAGAAGCAUAAAAGACGAGUGAUAGAGAAUGAUUACAGAGUGGUGGCGACGACACUGACAAAUGUAAAUGAUUCUGAUGGUACAACGUAUGAGGAAUUGUGUAUUGACAAUCCCCAUUACAAUCGACACGAUGUCCAACUGCCGUAUAAAAAAGACCGGAAACGCUUACCCGGGGUAUCCAACGCAGUUAAUUACACCUUUAAACGUUUGGUCAGUGACGAUUCUAAUUCAUCCUCAGCCAAUUCAUCUAAAACCCUGAAUCAAGCCUCAAAUAAACCUCUACCUCCUAUUCCUAACUCAAAUUCAAAGACAUUACCAAAUUUUAAACAGGCGGCCGGUGCAAAACUUUCACAGUCUAUUGAUGAGUAUACAGAAAUAGGAGGGGAAGUGAAAAGGCGUAGUAAUAUAUAUAAUCCAUUGGAUACGGAGAAAUUUGGGGAAUCACGUGACAGUCACGGGAUAUACGAAUCACUUAGAGCCAGUAAAAUGAUGGAUAUUCAAAAUAAUCGGCCUCCUAUUGGACUUCCGGAUGGAGAAUAUUUUACUUUAGCUAAGGAAGAUGACAAUUCCGCUCAAAAAGAGCCCAUUUCACCCGGGGAAUAUAUGGAACUCGCAAAGGAAGAAGAAGAAAGUAGUUCGGUAAAUCAAAGGUUGUUACCAUCAACUGAAAAUACAGAAAGUAGUUCGGAAAACCAAAGGUUGUUACAAUCAGCAAAAACGACAGAAAGUAAAAAUGAACAAUCGGAAAUGACUCCUUACGCGGAAUCGUCAUCAAUAUCUGUAAUCGAAGACGAGGCUGACAGUGGAAUUUGUGAGAGUGGUGGACCUAAAAAUGAAUAUUACAUUCUUGAAAAGGAUUCCGACAAAAAAGAUCAAUCUGAAAAUUCAGAUUAUAUAGAACCAGUAAAAGGUGAUCGACAUUCAUAUAUGCAAGUACUGCCAGAACAUGCAAAACUUUGUCGAAAAAAAGAGCUUGAAAAUUAAAAUUCGACGAAUCAUUUAACUAUAAUAUUUAUAUAAAAUCAUUAUUAUGCCUUUUUAGUUUUACUUAUAUUUAUCAAUAUUGCCUAAUGCGAUAUAAAAUAAAAUUUAUUCAAAAUUGAAA